CCCGCCCAGCGGCCCGGCCCCGCGAAAGCCCCGCCCCGCGAAAGGCACACCCCCUGAAGCCACGCCCUCUCGCGGAAGCCCCGCCCCGCCCCGGAGGCCUCCUGGGAGCGAGCGCGGGUCCCGUGGCGGUCCCGGCGCUCGGCUGGUGCGCGCAUGGCCCGGCUCCCCGACCUGGGGCUGCUGCUGCUGCUGCUGCUGCUACUGCCCGGCGCGGCGCGCGGCCAGGAGGAGGCGCCGAGCACCGACUGGAGGGACGCCCUGAAGACCCUCCGCGACGGCGUGCACAAGAUCGACACGUACCUGAGCGCCGCGCUCGAUCUGCUGGGCGGCGGGGACGGGCAGUGCGUGCACAGGUGCGGCGACGGGUCUAAGCCUGUCCCCCGAUACGGGUAUAAGCCGUCUCCGCCCAAUGGAUGUGGCUCUCCGCUGUUCGGUGUCCAGCUCAACGUCGGGAUCCCGUCGCUGACCAGGUGCUGCAACCAGCACGACCUGUGCUACGAGACCUGCGGCAAGGCCAAGGGCGACUGUGACGAGGAGUUCCAGUACUGCCUGGCCAGGAUCUGCCGCGACGCGCAGAGGACCCUGGGGCUGGCCCAGCACGUGCAGGCCUGCGAGAGCACCGUGGAGCUGCUGCUGGACAGCGUCCUGCACCUGGGCUGCCGGCCCUACCUGGACAGCCAGCGCGCCGCCUGCUGGUGCCGCCACGAGCAGAGGAGCGACCUCUGAGGCCGGAGUCGGACCCACCAGCGCCCGGCCUUCCGCUGUGACAGCGCCGAGUUUGCACAAGACACUGCUUGCUGGGGGCUGGAGCGAUAGCACGGCGGGGAGGGCGUUUGCCUUGCACUCGGCUGACCCGGGUUCAAUCCCCAGCAUCCCAUAGGGUCCCCCGAGCACCGCCAGGGGUAAUUCCUGAGUGCAGAGCCAGGAGUAACCCCUGUGCAUCGCUGGGUGUGACCCAAAAAGAAAAAAAAGAAAGACACUGUUUGCUGCUCCGUUUCCACGGCCAGAUGAUUGACCCGAGAACGGAGGCCGGGCCGGAGCCAGAGUAGGGCAGGGAGGGCCCUGUGUUCUGCCGUGCACGUGGCUGACUCAGGUUUGGUCCCGGCUACCUCAGAUGGUCCCCCAAGACCCCCUAGAAGGGACCCCUCAACACAGCCAGGAGUGAGCCCUGAAGACAGCCAGGAGUAACUUUACCCCUGAACACAGAGCCAGGAGUCAGCCUUGAGCACAGAGCCAGGAGUCAGCACUGCCAAGUGUGGCCCCACAAUGAGAACGAAGGUCAAACCUGAAAUUCCUUGUAAGGCAUUUUCUACGUGAUCUUCGUUGGAAAUACAGGAAUUCCUCACGGAGAAGUAAAUCGUAUGCAUUUUUAAACAUACCUUUAUGCCUAGAAGACUCUUAGUCUCCUGUCUCUGUGUUUUAUUUAACACAUAAUUAUUUUCUGUGACCUGCUGAGAAUAUGAGGUAGGUUGCAUUUCUGUUGGUAACAGAAUUGGGCGCAGGUAAAGGUGUUGUGACUCUUGCACGGUCGGAACCAUCAGCUGAUGAUCUCAGGGAGCGAAUCCAGGAGAUGUGGGUGUUAUGUGCUGUGCCCGGGAGGGGCAGAUGGACAGAUGGACAGCAUGCAGAAGCAGGGACAUGUCCAUUUUUCAGGUGACAUGUCACGUCGGACUGUGAGCUUUCCCUACCUUGUAUAAAAGAUGAAUAUGUUGUCAUUCACAUCAAGUGUCACUGCUGUUGACUUUGUUCCUUAGCAUGACAAGUGUUAUUCACAGCCAGUUUGGGGAUAUUUUAAGAGACUAAACGUUUUCCUAAUAGCAGCCUUAAUAAAAAUGGUUCUUGAUACUG